AUGGAAACCUACGAGGUAAAAGUGAAGGCUGAGAACAAGGACAAAGAACUAAAGCGCCUAGGGUUUGUGAAGAUCGCUGCUAUUCACACAUUCGUGUUUGUCUCAUAUCUGUAUAAUUCCGCAAAGAAGAAUUCUGGGUCUUUGAGAUCCGCUGUUGAAACAGUGGAGGGAACAGUAACCACUGUUAUUGGUCCUGUCUACAACAAAUUCAAGGAUGUCCCUGAUGAUGUCCUGGUUUUUGUUGACCAAAAGGUGGAUGAAGCUACUCACAAGUUCAACGAACAUGCUCCUACUAUUGCUAAGCAGCUUGCAGAUAAAACCAAAACUUUGAUUCAGAAAGGGUCACAUGAAGCAGGGAAGGCAGUGAAUGUGGCUCAAUCUGAAGGACCACGAGCUGCUGUAAAAUAUGUUGCUACAGAAUCCAAGAGUUUGUUGCUAAUCAAUUCAGUGAAGCUGUGGGUUGGACUCAACCAAUUUCCACCUUUCCAUGCAGUUGCAGAAAUGGCGGUUCCAACCGCUGCUCACUGGUCUGAGAAAUACAACCAUGUAAUCAAGGCCAUGGCUGGAAAGGGUUAUGGUUUUGUUGGCUAUUUGCCUUUGAUUCCUGUUGAUGAAAUAUCCAAGGCAUUUAAGCAGGGGAAAGCUAACAUGAAAGGAGAUAGAGAGGUUUCAGUGGAAAAGAAAGUAGAAUAA